AUGCUGUUCCUCCGGGUCUACCUGACGCCCCUGAUGGGGAAUCUCCUCAUCGUCACCAUUACCACCCUCGACCUGUGCCUCCACACCCCCAUGUACUUCUUCCUCAGGAACGUGGCUCUCAUUGACCUCUGCCUCAUCUCAGUCACCGUUCCCAAGUCCGAUGUCAACUCCAUGACCAACAUCAGAUCCAUCUCUUUCCUAGGAUGUGUUUUACAAGUUUUAUUCUUCAUAUCUUUGGCAUCCACUGAAAUGAGCUUCCUCACUGUGAUGUCCCACGAUCGCUAUGCCACCAUCUGCCACCCUUUGUGCUACGAGGUUGUCAUCAACAGAGAGACUUGUGGGAAGAUGGCGACCACCUCCUGGCUCAGUGGGGACCUCUCCGGCCUAAUGCACAUGGCCGCCACCUUCUCUGAGCCCUUCUGUGGAUACAACGUGAUCCAACAUUUCUUCUGUGAUACUCCCCACCUCCUGAUCCACUUUAACUCCAUUGUGAUCCUUAGAGAAGUCAAAGUCACCACCUUUACAACAGGCCUCCCCCUGCUCUGCUUCGUUUCCAUCAUUAUCUCUUACAUCGCUAUCUUCUCCGUCGUGCUGAAGAUACCAACGGUGGAGGGCAGGUCCAAAGCCUUCUCCACCUGCCUGGCCUACCUGGUCGUUGUCACUCUUUGCCUCUCCGUGGGGGCAUUUGUCUUUCUAAAUCCGAAGUCAAAUAGUCCCUCAGGGAUGGAUCUGUUUCUGUCCAUAUUCUAUUCCACAGUGCCUCCAGCCACGAACUCCAUCAUCUACAGCCUCAAGCUGCUGGUGUCCGUGUUCUACACGGUGAUGCCCCCCGCACUGACCGUUUCAUCUACAGCCUGA